UUACAACUUCAGUCAUUCGGUGUUUGCGGUUCGUUCCGUUCGGUAGCAGUUUAGUUCGGUUGUCAGCUUUCACAAGGACCAAUAAGUGCUGGCACAGUAGCGGCAGACAGUGACUCCGGCCGGCGUGUCAAUGGAAACUAGUGACUGUUCCAGUAAAGGGCCUCCUAAGUGGAUUAUUUGCGUUACUACCGUGUGCCAUUCGUUCAGUAUAUAGUUUUUGGAGUAGGCUCCCGUACGUUCCCUACGACAGAUUGUGUCGUGAGAAACUGGAGUGGGCGUUAAAAACAAGCAAAGCCAUACUGAAAAUAAGGAUUACGUCAGUUCUUGAACAUGAAGUACAACUACUAUCCGGAAACGAUCAACGGAAUGGCACAAAGCGAACAGCAGUUCUUGAAGGGUGACAAACAACGACGAAGCAUAGCUGCUGUGGCACCAUGGCGGGAAUUCAUUUCCGAGAACAAACUGAUCCUGGUUACGCUGAGUGGGGUCAUAUUUGGGAUUGUGCUGGGGUUCUUCCUCCGUCCUUUGGCCCUGUCGGCAGACACUAUCAUGCUGAUCGCCUAUCCGGGCGAGUUGUUCAUGCGUGUGCUGAAACUGAUGAUUCUUCCGCUGGUCAUUGCCAGUCUGAUCAGUGGUUCGUCCAGUUUAAAUGCUAAACUGAACGGGAAAAUUGCUUUGCGAACGUUCGGCUAUUUCGCACUGACCUCGCUGUUGAAUGCUGUGCUUGGGACCUCCCUGGUGUUACUGAUUCAUCCUGGUGAUUCGAGUGUGCACGAGACCAUGUCCGAGUUCACGGGCUCUGGCGGGAAACCGGUCACACUAAUGGAUAGUAUACUGGAUUUAGGAAGAAACAUUUUCCCGGAUAAUAUAUUUCAAGCCGCUCUUCAGCAGGCCCACACUGUUUAUGUACCGAAAGAAAAUUCCAACGGAAGUGGGCUACCGUUGGCCAACACGCAGCAAACAAACCCUGCAACUGCUCAUACUACAUAUAAUUGGAAUGCGGAGGACGAGCUUAUUCGAAUUGUUGAGUAUAGACCAGGUACGAACACGCUUGGAAUUGUUUUCUUCUGUUUGGUUUUCGGAACACUCCUGGGAACCAUCGGAAGUAAAGGCUAUGUGGUGGUUCAAUUUUUCUGUGCCAUUUUCGAGGUUAUUAUGAAGAUGGUCACCGGAGUAAUGUGGCUGACUCCAGUCGGAAUCGGAAGCGUGAUUGCCGGUAAGAUAUUGGCCGUGAACGACAUUAGCCUGGUUAUGACUCAGCUGGCUUGGUUCAUUUUCACCGUGCUGUUUGGAGUGCUGCUGUAUCAGUGGGUGAUCGUACAGGCCAUAUACUUCUUUUUCCUAAGAAAAAAUCCUUUCAAAUUCUACGUGGCACUGAUUCAACCGAUGUUAACCGCAUUCGCCACGGCUUCAACAGCAGCUGCGCUUCCACUCACAUUUCGGUGCAUGAACGAAAAGUUAAAGGUUGACUCCCGGAUCACCAGAUUCGUACUUCCGAUCGGAGCCAACAUUAACAUGGACGGCACGGCACUGUUUAUUUCCGUAUCAUCGAUCUUUAUUGCUCAGAUGAGCAAUAUGCAGCUGAACGUGGGACAAAUUAUGACAGUCGUACUGACAUCGACGGCCGCUUCCAUGAGCUCGGCCAGCAUUCCGAGUGCUGCACUGGUGUUGCUCCUGGUAGUCCUAACGGCAAUUGAUGCUCCGAUGCACAACGUAACGUUGCUGUUCGCAGUCGAUUGGUUCGUUGAUCGCAUCCGGACAACCAACAACUUCCUCGGUGAUUGCUAUUGUGCCGUGAUUGUAGAACAUUUAUCGAAACGGGAAUUGAAGCUAUCGGAGAUGAACGAACACCUGCCCCGCUAUCGAGAAGAUGAUGAGCUUACCUUGGAUGAUGAGGGGAAAAUUCCCACUAGGUCCGUUCUGCAGGUUUAAAAUCAUAUUUAAAUUUUGUUUUGUCUUAGAAGGUAAGCUGAAAAUCUCUGUGCCUCAAAAGCCAGGCUUUCUAGUACCUGUGGUAGAUACUGACCAACUAGUGAACACCGAACUCGAUUCAAACUUCGACUUAUGAGGUUACCAAAAACCUGAAUACCUACCAAAUAGCGAGUAGAUGCACUAUCUUGAUCAGUAAUUGUGAUAUUAAAACAUGUUUAAUAGUAGCUCAAGUAGCAAUAUAGUUACCAAAACAAAACAAUAA